GUAUGCGGAAGAGGAUUGCAAAUUUGGAUCGUUUCGUAGCGUACGAGGGAGACAGUUAGACAUAUAAUUCUGUUGGACGGCGGACUGUUAUUAACUCAUGCUAUGAGAAGGUGGAAUGGAAAGCAGUGAGCGUCUGGAUGCGAAUCCUUUCCUGCAGGAUGAGCACUCCCUUAUUGAAGGGGUUAGCAACCCCGUCCUAGUAGUGGUCAUCUUGAGCCUAACGUUCCUAGGGACGGUGGCCACGCUGCUCUGCAGAAAUGAGCAUCAGGGUAUCCACCCAGAGAAUCAGGAACAUGUACAAGCCGUUCGACAGCAGCUACAGACAGAGCAGGAGGUGCCAUCUGAGCCACGGCAGCAGUACUACUCGGACAUGUCCUGCCCCGUGUGUCUCCAGCAGGCUGUGCUUCCCGUGGAGACCAACUGCGGCCAUCUCUUUUGCGGUUCAUGUAUUAUAGCCUAUUGGCGCUAUGGUACCUGGCUGGGAGCCAUAAACUGUCCCAUCUGCAGACAAAUGGUGACCCUGUUGUUUCCACUGUUCCGGCAUACAGAACAGAAUGCUCCAAUGCCAGACGGGCAGCUUGACCCUCGUCUGAUACUCGCUGAUGUCAACGACUACAAUCGCAGGUUCUCCGGCCAGCCCCGUUCUCUCAUGGACCGUCUGCGGGACGUUCCCACACUCCUCCGUCAUGCCUUCAGGGAGAUGUUCUCAGUCGGGGGCCUCUUCUGGAUGUUCCGAAUCCGUAUUCUUCUCUGCCUGGUGGGGGCGCUCACGUACCUGGCAUCGCCGCUGGACUUUGUCCCAGAGGCCCUCUUCGGCCUGCUUGGCUUCAUGGAUGACUUCUUCGUCAUCCUCCUCCUCUUCGUCUACAUCUCCAUCAUGUACCGGGAGGUCGUGACCCAGAGACUGACGGGAUGAAUCCCCAGAGGGCCUUAACCCAAACCCAUGUCAAACUGUAAACACUGCUUUGAAGUGGUGUAGCAGGCUUAGUUUUGAUCUGGGGUGUGUGCGCAUGUGUGUGGAUGGGUGGAUGUCUUCAGUUGUGUGAGUGUCAUAUGUUGUCACCAAUAUUUCAAUGAAAAAUAACUAAGGCCGGACUGAUCAUCUUUUCUUAUUCCUUACCAUUAACAUUUUCAUUUGUAUAUUUUUGCAUAAAAAUAUAUGCUGAACCUCAAUAGAUGAAACAUAUUAGCUUGUCCACGGAUCCUCCAAAAUUUGCUUCUGGCGAGUUGUUUUUUUCUGGCAUCUCUGGCUCACUUUAGAUUUGCCCACGAUGGGCUCAAAUCUCUCGAGUUCUGAUUGGAGGGUCUGCGCCACUGCGGAGAAACUGCUAGAAUGAGUAGGCAGACAGUGGCCGCUUACGAAACCUUCCUACCGUCUCUUGAAGUGUAAUAGAAAAGAAACCUGGGAAAAUUGGGUCUAGCGAAAGGGCUGCAGGCUUUCGGAAAAAGUCAGCUUGUGGAUAGGAGAAAAAGCUAAACAAGACAAAAACAUCGGCAGAGAAAAUGCAAACCUAUAUUCCUUUGUGUUAAUCAUUAAACAAUUACCCAGAGUUGUUAAUAGCUGUGAGCUUUAAUAUAAAGCUUUAGUUUUUAGGCCAUAGAGAAUACUACAGGAAAAGCAGCCCUAGCACUUUGCCAUUAUCUGAAACCUCAAAUUGCUAAAUAUCAAUUAAAUUAAUGCCAGAGGAGGCAUUAAAUGAAUUGUUGACAUAGAAUGUAAGAUAAUAUGAAAACUGUAUUUACAGGGCGUUUUCUGUCCUCAUAGAAAAGGGUGUGACCAAACUUGCUCUCACUGAUUAACACAAUACUAGUCUGUACAGUACAGCCUAAAAGUAAUUGUUUCAUUUGUGUUCAUUUUGUAGAUGUUCUAUUCAUGUAUUUCUAUGAGGGAUGAUCCAACAUUUUUGUCGUUUUUCUUUCCUCAAAAGUAACUGAUGAGGUCUUUCUUCUGCAUGCAGUAGUAACUUUGAGCCGCUUGGCCCAGAGGCCUUCAGGUAAUGACUGCUCUUCUGCUUGGGGCUGUAGACUUGCUCUUCCAGUACUCUUCAUUAGAGGAGGCGAAUGAUACGACUAAGCAUUAUUCCAACGAUGGUCUCUAUAGGAAUUAAAAAUAUUUCUAAAAUUUA